AUGGCAGUCUUCCGCGCCCCCUUGCAAGGAAGACAUCUAGAAGGGAGGAACAGGGAGCCAGUGGUCGCGCACGAGAGUGGUGUCGAGGUGUCGGAGUUGGAGCCACGCGACCGCGGCGACUCCGAGGACUCGGCCGUCGUCAUCCCUGCGUCCACGCGCGGGGAGCCGAGGCGGCGCCGCUGCCAGACGAGCUCGCGCUGCGUGGGACAGCGAGGCUGCGGGUCUGUGGGGCUUCCCUGGACCAGCUCCCUCCACCCAGCUCCCUCCCCCAGCUCCCUCCCCCAGCUCCCUCCCCCAGCUCCCUCCCCCAGGUCCCUCCCCCAGGUCCCUCCCCCAGGUCCCCGACAGCCUCCACGUGCCUCGGCGCUGGUCGGCUCUCCGGGGGAAUCGCAAGUCAUCCAGGUCUCUCCGUCGCGGGAAGCCCCCGACGUGAGAACGUCACGCCGCUGGCUGCCAGACAUCUGGGCGCGAUUCGCGCCGGCAACACUGCACGUGACCGCCGCGGCGGGGGCUGCUCUGGACUGCGCACCUCUUCCCCCGGAGGCGACGUGA